AUGUGGCAAUAUCCCGUUUGGUUGUUCACGAUUUUCCAUCUUAGCAAGUGUUAUAGUUACGUCAUUGAAGGUACUGUCGUAAUGCCUCCUGAAGCUCCUCCAGACUGGCAUGUCAACACACGGAUUAACAUAGCUGGUGAUCAGUUCGUUGGUUUUGUGAAAGCAGAUGGUAAUUUCGAAGUGACUAAUGUUCCAUCUGGAUCAUAUAUAGUUGAAGUCAUCAAUCCAGUUUAUUAUUUCCAGGGUGUUCGGGUUGACAUAAGUUCUAAAGGUCGUAUUCGGGCGCGUCAACUAAAUGCACCACAGCCCAAUGCUGUGAAAGAACUCCCGUAUCCCUUACGUCUUUCCAGUUCUGGAAGAGCAGUCUACUUCAAGGCACGUGAACAACUACGCACAUUAGAUCUAUUAUUCAAUCCAAAUGUUCUUUAUGUACUAGUUCCAUUAUUACUGGUUGUGAUAUUGACAAAAUUAGUGAAUACUAAUGAUCCUAGUGUACAAAAAGAAAUGCAACAAAUGAAUAUUCUUAAUCCACAACAACAAUUACCUGAUAUGAGUGAAUUCCUUUCGUCACUGUCUUUAUUUGGUGGAAAUACUAAGAAGACCAAUCCAACAACAAUAAAUAAACGAAAAUCUGCAGAAAAGCAUCGCCAAGUUACGAAUAGUGCAGGGAUUUCUGAGAGUUCAAGUCAAUACACCACCGUCAGUAACAGUAGUAAUACCACUUCAAGUUCAUCGAACUCAGCAUCAAAACGAACAACAACAAAGGCAAGGAAAGCUGAAUAA